CUAUUAUUGUUAAGAUGAAAAAUUAAAAUGGAUCUUUCUGCAGGGGAAGAUUCAAUGAAGUAUGCUGUCCUCAGCAUCCAGAUGCUCAUCUUAUCGAAGAUUACCGUGCUGGAGACCAGAUUUGCUCAGAAUGUGGUCUUGUUGUAGGAGACAGGGUUAUAGAUGUAGGUUCUGAGUGGCGUACUUUCAGCAAUGAGAAGGCAAACAGUGACCCUUCUCGUGUUGGUGGGGCAGAAAACCCUCUUCUAAAUGGCUCUGACUUGUCUACCAUCAUUGGUCCUGGAGCUGGAGGUGCUGGGUUUGAUGGAUUUGGUGGUCCAAGAUUUCAGAACAGAAGAUCUAUGAGCAGUUCAGACAGAGCCCUCAUUAAUGCUUUCAGGGAAAUAGCCAACAUGGCAGACAAGAUCAAUCUUCCAAAAGCUAUUGUAGACAGGGCUAAUGUUCUCUUUAAACAAGUCCAUGAUGGGAAAAACCUUAAAGGACGUAGUAAUGAUGCCAUUGCUUCAGCAUCUCUUUAUAUUGCAUGUCGACAAGAAGGAGUCCCUCGUACAUUCAAGGAAAUUUGUGCUGUAAGUAAGAUAAGCAAGAAGGAAAUUGGCCGUUGUUUCAAAUUGAUUUUGAAAGCUUUGGAAACUCAGGUUGACCUUAUUACCACUGGAGAUUUCAUGUCAAGAUUUUGUUCUAACUUGGGUCUGCCAGCUUCAGUCCAAAAGGGCGCCACUCAUAUAGCAAGAAAAGCUGUUGAUUUGGAUAUUGUUCCUGGAAGAUCACCCAUCUCUGUAGCUGCAGCAGCCAUUUACAUGGCAUCACAGGCCUCAGAAGAUAAGAAAACGCAAAAGGAAAUCGGUGACAUAGCAGGUGUUGCUGAUGUGACCAUAAGACAGUCUUACAAACUAAUGUACCCAAAAGCUAAAGAGCUCUUUCCAGAGGAUUUCAAGUUUGUCACACCAGUCGAUCAGCUUCCACAACUAUAAAACUUUUAUCAUGUGAUGAUUCUUCCUUGGUUUUUCAUCAUCUUUUAGAAAAUUUAUGUUAAGGUAGGGAUUAGUAAUGUGCCACUGCACUGUAUGGGCCUUUUUCAUGCCAUGACAAGCCAUUUAGUGGGUAAUUUCAACCUUUCUGUACAAUUCUUACCACAAGGAAAUAGUGUUCAUAUUUGGUUGGAGAUGUGUAUGGCAUUAGGUAAGACACUAGGGGAGGAAAAGUUUCAGUUGAGUUUCUUAGUAGUUCUGAAGUAUAUUGUAAUAAUGAUGACAUUUUAAGCUCCAUGUGUACCAUAUUUUAUUUAAUUUAAAUGCAUGUUCUAUUUAUUCCCAGAAGAGAAAGUGCUGUUAUAUCUUUGCUGUGCAUGUUUUUAUGUUGAUGAAAGCCUGUUGAUUUUUCUUGGAAGAGAAAUAACUAGGAUUUUAGGAGCCGGAAGUUGAGAAUGCAGGUGCUGUCAAGAGCUCUGAUUUAAUUGGUUGGAGUUGUCUCUUUUACGGAGAUAUAUGCUGUUAAUCCUUCAUAUUUUUUAAUUGGGUUUUUUCUGCACUUCAUAGUGUGGGAAGUGGAAAAGCAAUGAAGAUUAGAUAAAUAUCAUAUAGCUGUGUUAUUAUGCUUUCAUAAUACUUUAAUUUACUUGAAAUGAGUGUUUAUAAGUACAGUAAGGCCUUUUUAUUGGUUACUGUCAUUUUGAAAAUGCAGUUUUUGUGGUCAUGCUAUUGUUCCUUUUAUUCAGUAGUUAGCACCUUUGUUCCAGUAAAUGUGGUUUCCUUCUCUUUCUGUUGUUGAGGAGUUCAUAUUUUGUAUUGCCUGUUGAUUGGCAGAGAGGAGUGAAAUAUUGAAAAAAAUAGUGAUGUAGUUUUUAAAUUGAUCAUACUGUAUUUUUACUGUAAAGGUGUACAUAUUUCAGUUAGAGAGGCUAUAGUAGAUUCACAUCAACCUUGCGUUUGAUGUCUAGGCCCGUCCCUUACGACACUCCUGAUUGGCAGUUGAUAAGCCAGUCUCUCAAGAGUUCACAUAGGUAGGAUGUAUGUUCCACCUCUCCUGAGGGAUACAUCUUUCUUGUAUCCCUCAGGAGAGGUUGAACGUAGAUCCUACCCAUGUGAACUCUCGAGAGAGACUGAGGUUUUCCAGCCCUGUGAUUGGCUUAUAAACAGCCAAUCAGGAGCGUGGUAAGGGAUUGGCCUAGACAUCAAAUGCACGGUUGAUGUGAAUUUCUACUAUAGUAUGUUUCCCCCCUGAUAUGAGGCCUUUAAUACAUUUUUUUCUGUAGUAGUUUUCACUUUAAGAGCGUUGUGGUUAUUUUUGUACGUUUUUCAGUAGCUGGCAGUUUUUUCAUCUGGUUAGGCACAUAAUAGCUCUCUUUGGUAGUCAUACAGUUAGUAUAUCAUGGAAAAUGUAGCAAGCAAGAAUGAGCAUCAUUUAGAUGUCAGGUGGAGUUGAAGUUUUACUUUUUAAUAUCUUGAGGUUAGUAGGUCUCUCGAUGACACUGAAUUUUAUGUGAUCAGUACAGUUAUUUGCAAAGUUUUACUUUCUUCAGUCAUCUGCAAUGAAGCGUUUAAGGAAAGAUAAUUUUGAGCUCAUUGCACUUCAGGAAACUUACCCAUACACUUUUCCUUCUCGUAGGUUGUUGAUCCUCAUUUGUAGAAGAAUGGUGGCCUUGGUGAAAUAGAUUCUCCUUAGUGGUUUAGGUCAUGGAUUUAUUGUAUAGUGGUACACAUAAAUGUCACAAUUGGAGCAUUGCUUGUUUAUAGUCACUUAAAGAUGGUGAAUGAAUAGGAAGGUAUAUUGUUCUGUAUGCUCAUCUUAAAGGUACAAGAUGGUAAACUGUCAAUGUUGAGGUGAAGAUCUUUAUCGCAAAUGUGCCAUUGUCAUGACCAUUAUUUUCAGUUUACCAUUUUGAUAUUUUCAAGAAUAUUUUUUUUGAUUGACAUUGAAUAUAUAUGUAUUCUAUAUAUUUUUAACAAUAUACAGAUCCCACCUCUUCAUUUUAUUAGCUUGAAGUUGUUUGGAAAUAAGGGAAGAAUGGACUAGCGUCAAGAUUUUUUCCUUCUUUUCAAAUUAAAACACGUUACAAUCACAUACCAUGUGAUAAUAGUAGUUGAAUUUGUCUGUAUUCUCCUUCCAGGUGCAAAAAUAUUUUAUAAGAGUACAAUUUGUAAUCUUUGGCCUUUUGAAUGUUGUUUAAAGGAACUCUAUAACUGGAAUUGUGAGGCAUACAAGUUAAGUUUGGGUCGUUUAGAUUUUUUCUGUAUUGCCGUGAUUUUAAGGCCACGUUAUAUUAGUGGGUUAAUUUUUGUUUUGAUCUCUGACCCUACAGUAUGCUCUUGCUCAGUCCCUUUAACAAUACUUUAGCUUUAUUUUUGUUUUGUUACAUAGAAGAUGAGAACUGUGAUGAAAUAGCACAGACUUAUCUGUUACCAUAUUUCUCUAUGGUAGGGAUUUUAAUGUCUUAGAUUCACAGGCAUGGAAAUAAUAUUCCACUGAACUCAGUUUGUGCAGAUAACAAGAUUUUAUGCAGAUUUGUAUCUUUCAAUUAGUACUAACCCUAUGUGACCAGUCAACCCCCAGAAACAUGCAAAAAUGGGAUGUUAAGGUUCUGUUGUAAAUCCAUAUCUUUGUUAGUUUUUUUUUCGUAUGUUUGGUUUUAAAUCUGAGAUGGAAGAUGGUUUAGGUAUUUUAAGGCUGGUUUUAUUAGGUAAUUGAAAAACAUCAUUACCUUAGUGUUUUUCCAGAGCAUAACACUGAGCAAAGAAGCCUACAGUUUUGUUGGUAUGUAAUGGCAACAGUAUGUCACCAACAAUGUCAUAAUCAUCAUUAUUAACAUUUUUAUGUGGGAUUGUCCUUUAUGAGCUUAGAUGUAGAAUGAGUUAGCAUUAUAAUAUUUAUAGUACAGCCGGAACUAUUAUGAAUAAUCGAUUCAUUAGGUUUGCUUUAAUAAAUUUCAGUCUUUAAUAACUGUUUAUCGUCCUAUUUGUUGCAGGGGCUAGUUGUAGAGUUAUUUUUUCUAAGUGACCAUGCAGUUUUGUGUUUGCUUAUGAUGUAGUAUCUUAAUUAUUCAGAAGCAGGGUAACAAGACUAUUUCAAUUAUUUUAAUGAGUCAUUUCAAUACUUGCUUAAAGUCAGCAUCAAAGAUUUCUUUUUGGAAAUUAGAGCAAAUAAAGUCACAGAAGUUGGACUGCCACAUAGGAAAAGAUCACAGGGAAUGGAUAGAUAGAUAGGGCAGAAAGCAUGACUGCUUAGGGGCCAAUCAUUUUUACUGUGUCAUAUAAGGUUCAUGUUUGCACUACUUCCUCUAUAGUCAUAGUAGGAUUAGACCACAAGACAUCACUUUUCUGCAACAAGGUAAACUUAAAGGUAAUGAAAUUCUUUAUGAUAAAUAUUUCUGUGGUGGUAUUGUAUCUCUCACUUGUAACGUUUUUGUGAGCUGUCAUGGUUUGUUCUUUUUUGUACUCGGUAAGAUGAGUGGAUGAGGAGAUAUGUAUAUGUUCAGCAAAAAGAUUUAAAAUUUAAUCCAUUUCAGAUACUACUUUAGUCUUUGUGAAGAAAAUUGUCUUUGUAAGUUUUCUUACCAGAAACUCAUUUCUUUUUAUCUCCAUGAACAUUUUUCCUCGCCAGUUGUAUAUAUCCUAUGGCAGCAUCAAAAUCAAAUAUUUAUCAGUCAAGUGUCAGGUUGCAUUACUCAUUUGUCAGCUUAUUUAGAAAAUAUUUAAGCCAGUUUUUCCAUCUCACGAUUAGUAUCUAUUAAGGUUGAAAACUUUGAGUGAGAAUAUUGGGUACAAAUGAAGUCUUGGAAUUUUUCUUAAUUUUUGUCUUUGUGUAACGUACGUGUUUGUUUAUCCUUUUACUUAGAUCGCACCAGAAAGUGAGUUGAAUUGAGAUAGUUUUUUUCAAGUAAUUUUUUUUUUUUGUGCUCUAGUCAUCAUUUUAGAAGUUUCAGAUAUGCCAGAAAAAAUUACAGUCAAAUACAGUUGGGAAUUAAUGUUGUAUAUAUUACAUACUGUUCAACAAGAGAAUAAGUAUCUAUUAUAGCAAAGAGUAUUGCUAAUAGUGUUUUCUUCCUGCACGAGGUUGGUAAAGGUAAUGGUGCAUAAAAAAAUUUUAUUUUAUAUUUGAUGGGCUUACCUAAUUCAUCCGGGUCAGCCUGCCAAAUAUUCUAAAAAAUAUAUUAGUAUUUCUAUGUUGCAUUUAAAAAGGAGGAACCUUUGAAAUUGUCUUGUUAAUAGAUAUGUUAUCUGGAUGAUGAUCCCCAGAUGGUUUUUUGGGAAAAUCACUAGAUUAAACAAAAGUAAAGGUACAUCGUUGUAAAUUAUACUGAAGCUUACAGUACUGUAAUAUAUUUUUGUCUUUGCACUUCUAUGAGUUACCAUAAUUCUCGUGUGAUCUUUGCUGCAAUGGGUCAUUAAAUUACCCCUUGGUCAUAAUCAUGUUUGAUAAAUUUGGGUUCUGAUUUUUGUAUUCAUGGAUUGAGUUGCAAAAUAUUUGAAUAGUUCAGAUGAAAAAUACCUGAAAUCUCAAUCCAAGCUACUGUUCUGUAAUUUGAUUUCUCUCGCAAUCAGGCCAGCCUGUGAAAGAAUUGUAACUGGUCUGGGUAGUACUUUUAUCUAGCAAGGAUAGUUAGGAAGACUAAACAACUCGAGUGGAUAGACUUUUGGGUGAACAGUUUCUUUGAUGAAGCAUUAUACAUACAGUAAUCCACAGGUGCAUAAUUGGAUUUUUCUGUGCUUCCUGAAGCAACGUACAAUGUGUGCUGUUGGGUUUACUAGUGCAGUUUAAAGAGUUGAUGAUUUCAUGAUAAAAAGUUAAUUACUUUAUUUUUAUUGUUACUGAAUUUAGGCCAUAACUAACCCACUUUAUAAUCAUGAAAUGGGAACUUCAUUGCACAUAACUUCAUUUGUUUACUAUGAAUUCUUCCUCCACAUACUUAGAAUCCCUCAGUAUCCCCUAUUUCUACUCCAUUCCAACUUUUGUAGUAUUAAAAUACAAUCCAUGGCAGUGUUGUAGUCCAUAGACUGGUCUGGUAGAGCUCAUUAAUGAUAUCAAUAAUCAUGUUUAAUCUGCAUCAUUAAAUUCAGGGUACAGUAGUACGUAGUACAUGGAAUGGUAUUCAAAUGUUUAGUAGACAUAAAGACUGAAAUUUUGAACAGUGAUCGUCUCGCACGACAUUUAAAAGUGGGAAACAAUUAAUUUUCUCAUGAUUAUUGAUUUUUGCUGAGAAAAUUUCCUUUUUUAGUACUGUAACAUAGCUACUGUUUGUGUCUUUUAAGUGCUUUAUAGCUUUGAAAUAGGCUCUAUUUUUGUAAUGGAUUUGCUUUAUGGAUUACAAGUAUGUAAAUGAUACUAUAAUCUGAUCUCAUAAAAUUUUAGGACUGGAUCACAAAGGGUUAUAUUUAUUAGUAUGAGUACUAAGAAAAUUUCUUAAACUGUAGAACCACUCAUGCAAUAAUAUUUAUUUUGCAUUUGUAUUGAAAAUAAAUAAAGAUGAUACAAA